AGAAUCCUGGGCCAUUUGUUGCUUGUUACGUCAUUCCAUUCAAUUCUUGGAGUAGAAAGUUGCGAUAAUCGAUUACUGCUUGACCAUACCGUAUGCCAAGCGCUCUUUAACCGGUCGCGCAGCAUGAAUUUCCUCGACUUCCUGUCCGCCGUAUUCGGGUGGAUAUAUACACUAUCCUGGUCCUUAUCAUUCUAUUCGCAGCCGGUCCUCAAUAUCCGGAGGAAGUCGACAUCCGGCACCACUGUGGAUUUCCCGUUUUUGAAUACCGUUGGAUUUCUCGCUUACCUCAUCUACAACUCGGUUUUCUACUCUUCUCCAGUUAUUCGACAUCAGUAUGCGCUACGCAAUCAUGGACACACGCCGACCGUCGCAGUUAAUGAUAUUGUCUUCGCCGCGCACGCGUUCUUGAUAUGCACGGUCUUGUUGACGCAAUAUUUCUUGCCUUCCCUGUGGGGUUUCGACCGAGCGCCAGGAACCAGACCUUCGCGCCUGGGUUUGGGCAUCGUAAGCGGAUCGGCGGUUGCCGUCGCCAUCAUCAUCUUCGUUGUGACGUCUGUUCCGGAAGGCGCGGACCCGGCGACCGCGUGGGCGUGGCUGGACGUAAUCUACACGAUUUCGUACGUGAAAUUAUUAAUCACAUUCGUCAAAUAUGCACCGCAAUUGGUGUACAAUUUUCGCAACCGCAGCACGAAGGGCUGGAGCAUAUGGCAAGUUCUACUCGACUUCCUGGGCGGCAUUCUCAGUAUCGCACAGCUGGUCAUCGAUUCAUACCUUCAAGGCGACUGGUCCGGUGUCACAGGAAACCCGGUCAAGUUCGCGCUGGGCAAUGUGAGCAUGUUGUAUGAUUUGGUGUUUAUGGCACAGCAUUAUGUGAUUUACCGUGAUGAUGGUACGGUUAAGGAUGGAGAGGCGGAUUCACUGCUUGAAAGGGGUGAGGACAGAAGGAGGUUAGAUUAAGUAUACUCGAUAAAAUCCAUCUUCCUCUAGAUACACAAGAAAUUUAUUCGAGUUCACAGAUCCUGUGUCGGACUGAUUCAAUUCAAGCAUCGUCACCUGAUCCACAUGGCCUCAGGUCGGGAGGCCUCGCGAGAGCCUUUUAUGCCACGUUCAAUAAGGCCUAGGAUAAGGUGGAUGAUUCUUUCGGUCAGAAUCACCCCAGGAAAGAAUAAACGGGUGUAUUUUCUAUUAAGAACGAGGGCGAUUGGUUAAAGGUAUGAAGCUGGGAGCGAACAUUCCGAAGUGGGUUUUUGU